CCCCACUGGGCCACCACACACACACGCGGCGGCGGGGCGGCGAUGACUUCUGAAUCGACGCCGCACGUGGCAAUAGGCGAGGCUAUUCAAGAUGACAAGGUGCAUGUGGUGAAAGAACGCGACAUGUUUGCUCUCGUGGAACAAAUCCUGAUGCAGGAAGACUUGUACGCGAUCGCGGAUGUCCUUUCCGCUCACGUCCGCUCGCUGUUCCUUCCGGACGUCGCCGCGUCUAAAGUGACCUCGGCGGUGUUCCUUGUGGACCACAACACGACCUCUUUGGCCAAGAUCGAUUCGACAAACCUCACUGUCCACUCAUAUUCCCUGAAUCGAGGACUUGCUGGUCUUGCCGUUCGUUCCAGCAUUCCCUUCGUCGGAACCGAUUUUGCAUUGACUUUUGACCCCGACGUUGACAUCGCCCUCGUUGGUAGUCCAUGUAUGUCAUGUAUACCUCUGUUGAACUCGUCGUUGGCCGUGUUUGCUGUCCUUCAAGUCCGGUCUCCCGAGCCUGGCUUGUCCAUGUGCGAUGUGGAUUUCCUCCAGCGAGUCGGCCCCAUCUUGAACCAAUGUUUGCGAAAGUCCAUCGAGUUCCACGACAUUGUGCUCCGCCAACGCACCCAAGCGGCGCUUCUCCAUCUUGUCAACUCGUCGUCCACGGAAGAGACGAUCCUGAAAUUGAUGGAGCGGGUCAUCAACGGCUCGACUCACAUCGUCCACGCCCAGCGCGUCACGCUCUUCCUCGUGGACUGGGCCCGGAACGAACUAUGGUCGUUGCAGCCCACCUUCCGACACACCCGCGUCCGCCUCGAUGCAUCGUGUCUCUUGGGCGACGCCGCCUUGAAAGGCUGCAUCAUCAACGUUCGAGAUGCCGCCACGGACCCGCGCUUCCACCCUCCCGUGGACGACCCGUUGCAGACGGGCAUCAUCACGGCGCUGUAUGUGCCCAUCGGCAUUCCCCACGGCACCGCCGACGCCGCGCCUCCCAUGGCGGUCCUGGAAUGUAUCAACAAACUCAAACCGGACGGAUCUUCGCUGUCAACCGAAGGGUUUACAAACGACGACGAGUGUGCCUUCGAAGCGUACGCGAGCGAAGUGGCCGUGGUGCUCCGACGACGGGCGCACGACACAGAGUACCUCAAGCUGCUCGGGGACUCUGCAGCAUUGGCGUCGACGUCGUUGGAGGGCACGGCGGCGGCUGCCACCAACCGUCCUCUGUCGUCGCUGCUGUUGGACGCGUGGUCGUCCCCGUCGUCCCCCAUGGCCAACAGCAACUGCAACAACAGCGCCAAUCCACCCCCGCCGCGGCGCAUCCACACACCAAACCUCGUGAUCGACACGUUUCACCUUCGAGAGGAAGGUUCCACGAGUGCUUCUGCUGCGGCGUCGUCGUCUGCCCUGCCUCCGUCGCCGCUGUCGUCACUUCCGGCCAAACCGCUCCUGCUGUCUCCACGACGCUUCUGCGUCGAAGGCGACGUGACGGCGGUGCCCGGAUGGGACUUGGACGUGUUCAUCCACGACACGGACCAACUGUUGGGGUUUGCCGAGCAAAUGCUACGGGACCCGCGUCUGGUUGGACCCCACGACCUGAACGUGCCGACGCUGCAAUCGUUCCUCCAAGUCGUGCACGACCACUACCACCCGAACCCGUUCCACAACUUCCAGCACGGCUUUUCGGUGCUGCAUGUGUCGUACCGCAUUCUCACAGACACCCCCGCACGUCACGUGCUGCAUCCGCUGGACCGGCUGGCGUGUCUCGUUGCGAGUCUCUGCCACGACAUCGACCACCCCGGCCACUCGAACGUGUUUGAAAUCCACUCCAACUCGUCGCUCGCCCUCACCCACAACGAUGACGCUGUCCUCGAGCGGCAUCAUGCCGCUACCACGUUUCGCCUGCUCCAAGACCCUCGCGUGAAUAUCUUUGCCUCGUUCCCGACCUCCGACUUUCGAUAUGUGCGCAAAGCGAUCGUCCGCGCGAUCCUCGGCACGGACAUGGCGGUUCACAACGACACCAUCGACGCUCUCGUGAGCCGCUUCCAGCCCCUUCCGACGGCCACCACCCCCGUCAAAUCCCCCCCGCUGCACCACCCGACCCUGGCGUCAUCUGUGUCGUCUUCAGCGUCCACCUCCUCUGGGGAUUCGACUGGCUCUCUCCCUCCAGCAAUCUGCGAGUCCCCGGACGUCGUGCCGUUCCCCCCGUCGUCGCCACCGCCGCCGUGGCGGGUUUUUGAAAACUCGGAAGACGACCGACUCUUCCUCGUGAAAGCGAUCGUCCACGCCGCCGACCUCAGCGCCCAAGUGUUCCCAAAACACAUUGCGUUAAAAUGGAGCAAUAUGAUCGCCAAAGAGUUUGCGUACCAAGCGCUCAUGGAGAGCGCUGAGGGGCUACCCGUGACCCACCAACACGUCGAUGACCCACUCCUCAUGGUGGAAAGUCAGCACUUUUUCGCCGCGCGACUCGUGGCGCCGCUGUGGGUUGCGCUGGUGCAGUUUUUCCCCCAACUCCACCAUUGCAUGACCAACCUCCAUGCCAACAUUGCGCACUACGAAGUCGAAAUCCGCCGAUUGCAAGCAUGUGGCACUGCAUGCCAAAAGGCACAUGCCGACUCGAACGACAAGGCCCCGGUGCUGCCAGCCCCGACCAACGAAGGCCAAGCUGUGCCCGGGAUCAACAAGAACACCCCCGCGAAAUUCAACUCGUUUCGUAUUCGAGCUGCGUCCAACACCACCGCCACCACCCCCCUCUUGACCCCCUCCCCGACCUCGUUGUCGCCUCUGUCAAUAUCCCCGCGCAAAUCGCAUCACCAAUUGCUGCACAUAUCAACAACAUCCGAGGACGAUUAUACUGCAGACAACGUGAUCACGCUCGAAUAACUACCAUCUACCG